AUGUCGUUUCGGGUUGACCCACACUUCGUGCUGCCUUCGAACAGAAGGCAGUCACGCUUAGCUUGGCAGCUUUCCGAUGGAGCCAAGUUCGAAAUUGCGCAAGAGAAGGCGAGACCUGUGGAUCCGAUUUGCCUCAAAGGGGUGGAGGACCUGCUGCUCGGCAGAGACAUGACAGGACCGCCUUUCCAAGCAGACUUUCUCCGCAUGUUUGUGUCGUCCAUGUGUGGGCCAAGGCUGUCUUUAGGCGACUUCAAUGAGGGAGCGCUUCUGCACAACGUCCGGCAGAGAUAUUUCGAUGACUUGAUCUACACGGGCAUUGGAAGUGCAGUCCUUACACAAUGCGGAGGUUACUGUCGUCAAGAGCCCGUGCGAUGGGCCUCUGUGAAUCCGUUCCAGAACCUUCCGGGGCUCUACUCCGAAGCGAAGCAGAAAUUUUACCGAGAUCGAUCUGCGGCGGCAGGUGCAUCAGGUGAUGAAUCCGAGCUACCGCCGCAUCUCUUUUCGGUGGCAGCUGCUGCAUACACCACGAUGCUUGGUGAUGCCCGGAACCAGUCGAUCAUCAUCUCCGGAGAGAGCGGAGCUGGGAAGACCGAAGCUACGAAGCGGAUUCUCACGUAUUUUGCGAAUCUCCAGCGUUCCAGCUCUGCUGUGCACGAGAAGAUGAGUAUCGAGGAACAAGUCCUCCGGUCCAAUCCCAUCCUCGAAGCCUUUGGAAACGCGAAGACAAUCCGCAACGACAACUCCUCUCGCUUCGGGAAGUUCAUCGAUAUCGAGUUCGACUCAUCUGGGAAGCUGCAGAGCGCUCGAAUAUCGAACUACCUUUUGGAGAAGAGCCGCAUUGUAAAGCAGCAGCCGGAUGAGCGUGGCUAUCAUGCAUUCUACCAGCUGUGUGCUGGGGCGAGUUCUUUGCCUGGCAUCGGAUCCUCUCUGGGUCUCCGGUCUGCCUAUGAUCACGCCUACACGUCUGUAUGCACCGACAUACCUGGAGUUGAUGAUGCUGGCAUGUUUGAGGAAGCCGUCGAGUGCAUGGAUGGACUCGGAUUCAGCACGGAAGAGAAGAAUUCGGUUUAUCAGCUGGUCGCUGCCGUGUUGCACCUUGGGGACAUGCAGUUUGAGGAGGGGGACGAUGGCAGUCGAAUCUGCGACGCCGCCCUCACCGCCAAAUUAUGCGAGUUGCUGCAAGUCUCCAAAGAAGCCUUUACCAACACGUUCCAGUACAAAACUAUGGAGGAUCCCUUCAGCAAGAACAUGAUCAACAUGCCCCAGGCCGCAGACAGCGGAGACAGUUCUGAUGCCACUGAUGCACGUACUCGCGUCUCUUCGACUGGCUGGUGUGGCGAAUCAAUCAAAGUACUGCGGGGAAGGGAGGACGCCACCAAGAAGAUUGGAAUCUUGGACAUCUAUGGCUUCGAAGUCUUCGAAUGGAAUUCAUUCGAGCAGUUGUGCAUCAACUUUGCGAACGAAAAGCUCCAGCAACACUUCAACUCUCACAUGUUCACCAUGGAGCAGAGGCUCUACUCAGAAGAGGGAAUCUCGUGGAGCCACAUCCAGUGGCAAGACAACCAGGAGAUCAUUGACAACCUGGAGAAGCGGCCGCCGGGGAGCUCAGCCUUCGAUCUUCGUGUGGGUACGGGGCGGAGGGGUCUGCGGUUGGUCAACAUGAGGCUGGGUGUCUUCUGCAUUCUGGAUUCCGAAUGCCUCAUGCCGAGUGGUUCAGUCCUCAGCAACACACAGCUUGUGCUGCUGGCCCUGCGUCAAGACAUGGGCUCGCCUAUGGCCGGGCAUGUGGGGAUGGUGGACAUCAUCACACUUCUGAAGUCGUCCUCGAUGACCAUGUGCCGAACGCUGUUCUCGGACCCGCGCUUCACGCCGGACAUGCAGCAUGAUGUUCCGGCAGCAGCUGGAUCAGCUUGUCGAGGAUCUGAACCGCCUCUUGGUCUGUCUUUGCGCUUUCCGAUCCACCCCGUCCACCCUUCCCGAUCCGCCGAUGCUCUCAAUCGCUUCCGAGGGACCAACCCACGCUACAUCCGGUGCAUCAAGCCCAAUGGACACAAGCAGGCACACGAGAUAGAUUCUCUGGAUGUGCAGAGACAGCUGCGGUGCGCUGGCAUGCUGGAGUCGAUCCGCAUCCGCAGGGCUGGGUACUCCGUCAGACGGCCGUUCAAAGAAUUCUUCAACAGGUUCCGAAUCCUUUGUCCGCACAUCUCGACGGGGGGAAGCCUUGACCCAGACUACAAGGAGCUCAGCCGAAAGAUCUUGAUGGACGUGGAGGCGGGGAGGAAGGAAGAGCUACAGGGAAGACUGGAGAAAGCGAUCGGCGAAGCUGUGAAGGUGUUUGUGCUUCGAAUACAGAAGAGAUGGCGCGGCUUCAGGGCAAAGCGCCGCUACAGAGCGAUGAAAGUCGCCACUGUCCAGCUGCAAGCAGCCCUCCGAACGCUGCGAGAACGUUCCCUCUAUGUUGCCGAGCUUGAGAAGAGCAAAGCCACUGCAGCUCAGAUGCAAAGGCUUAAGGGGAAGCUUGCGGCCGACCGGAUUCAGAAAAUGAGGGAGGACGAGGAGAAGAAGCAAGCCUUCGACGAGGCCAAAAAGGCAGCUCAAGAGAAGGCCAAGGCUUUGGAAGACAUGCAGAAGACACUUGCUCAGGAAAGAGAGCGUGCGGAGCGCGAGACCACACAGAGGCUGGAAGAGGAAAGGGAGCGGAUGAUGCAGGCCAAGAGCGCCGAGCACACGCGAGCCCGAGAGGUGGAGUCUGAUCAGGUUGAGCAGCUCCGGAAGGAACUCUUUGAGGCGAAGAAGGAGAAUGCGCGUCUCCAAGGGCAGCUUGACACAAAGACGUCUGAGACGGCGGAGGUCAGCGCUGCCGACUAUGAUGCCCUCCGAGCUGAGCUCCAGGACGUCCGCCGUGAGAAAGUCCGGCUGGAGGUGGAGAUGACGACCUGCAAAAGUGCUGAGGAGUACACGACUAUUGCGGAGGAAGUUGCCCAGCUGCGAGAGGAGUGCUCAUCCAUUCGCAGGGCCAAGCUCACUGCAGAAACCCAGCUGGAACAGCGAAAGUCCCAGUUGGCCAGCGCGGAAGAGAAAAUCAGCAGGCUUGAAGCGCAGACCGUGGAGCUGCAAGUCUUAAAAUCCUCCAACGAUGACUUUCAAAUCCAGCUCCAGCGGCUCUCGGCCCAGAACCAGGCGCUGGAGCAGCGGGCGGCGGCGGAGACGUCCUUGCGCAAUGAGCUCCGCGAUCUCAAAGUCGAGAAGAUUCGGCUGGAGGGAGACCUGGAUACCCUGAAGCUGCGAGAGGAGGCGAUGUCCGCGAAGCUGAAGGGCUCGGAUAAGGCGGGCACUGAGCUGCAGCAACUGCGCUCCCGGGCGAUGGCCGCAGAAGCUGAGCUGGAGCAGAGCCGUCAUCAGCUGGAGGCCCUACAGCAGCAGCUGGAGCGAAGCAGCCGAGAAGCCGGCAGUGAGCGCGCGAACUCCCUGGACCAGCUGCGCAGCGAGCUUCUGGCACGGAUCGAGUCCAAGACGACGCACGUUGGCCUGGAGCCGAGCAUGCGGCCCUCCAUUGUCCCCGACGAGGACGGCCGCAAGAGCAUGAUAAACCAGCGGGAGAUGAUGGAGAAGUUAAAGCAGCAGUUCAACGAGGCAACACGGGCCAAAGAUGCCAAGGAUGUUGAGCCAGAGCUGCCCAUCACCGCAAGUGCCGACCGCGAGCUGGAACUGGAAGAGGAGCUCCGCCGCGUCCGAAAGGAGAACGUGGAGCUGAGCAUCAAGGUCUCUAGCUCCUGGGACUCUGCAGCACGUGUUUCUGCAGUUGGUUUGCAAGAGGACUUGAAGGACAAGCAGCAGGAGUCGUCACACUUGCUUGGAAGCAGCAGUGGGCUCAAGGCUGAGCUGGAAGACUUGAAGUUUCAGCUGGAGCAGGACGGAUGGGGCUCGCGAUGUUGCAGUUCAUGUUCUCCACGCAGUCGCCAGGGUUAG